AUGGCUCUUCGUUUGGUUUUCGGAACAUCUCUCCGACCUGUAGUUUCCGGACAGGUGAGAAAUGCUUCUGCUCUUUCCAUCAAGGAUGUUCUUAACAAUCAACCAGCCGCCGAAGUCUCAACUUUAAAGAACGGCUUCAGAGUUGUUUCUGAAGACAACGGAAAGCAAACUGCUACUGUUGGAGUUUGGAUUGAGACUGGAUCUCGUUAUGAAAGUGAACAAAAUAACGGAGUUGCUCACUUCUUAGAGCGUCUUGUACACAGAGGAACUGGAAAGAGAGCUAGCGAUGCUCUCCAAUCUCAGCUUGAAUCCAUUGGAGCUAAGUUGAACUCUUUCUCCGGACGUGAUCAAACUGGAGUUUUCGUUCAGUCUUCUUCUCAAGAUGUUGAAAAAGUUGUUGACAUUUUGGCUGAUGUCCUUCGUAACAGCAAAAUUGACCAAAGCUCUGUCAACGAUACUAGAGCCGUCUUAUUGAGAGAGCUCGAAGAAUCCGAGGAUAACUACCAAGGAGUUGUUUUCGAUUACCUUCACAAUGCUGCUUUCCAAGGAACUGGAUACGCUAAGAGCCCCUUAGGUACAUCUGCAUCUAUUGCCAAGAUCAGUGAAACUGACUUGAAGGAGUGGCGUGAGGAUCAUUACCGCCCAGUUCGCAUGGUUCUCUCUGCUGUCGGAGGUGGAUGUGAAUCAUCCAAGCUUGUACAAUUAGCUGAGAAGCACUUCGGAGAUCUCAGCAAUGAUUACCCCAGAAAGGUUCCUGAGGUCAGCGGAGUCCGCUUCACUGGAUCAGAAUUCUUGUUCCGUAACGAUAACAUCAAGCACCUCUAUGGAGCUUUCGCCGUUGAGGGAGUACCUUAUGCUCAUCCUGAUGCUCUUGCUCUCCAAGCUGCUGAUGUCUUCAUUGGCCAAUGGGACGUCACCCACGCUUUGACCAGAACUUCCCCAUCCCGCAUUGUUCAAAAGAUCGCUCACAAUCAUGGACUUCACUUCCUUCAACAUUUCAACAUCAACUACAAGGACACUGGUCUCUGGGGAGUUUACUUAGUAACUGAUUCUCAUGAUCUUGUUGAUAACACCGGAAUCAUGAAGAGUGUUCAACAUGAAUGGAAGCACCUUGCUUGCCAAGCUGGUGAAGACGAAAUUGCUUUGGCUCGUAACAAGUUGCGUACCAAAUUCUACGAGAGUGUUGAGACUAACACUCAAAAGGCUCAAUUCAACGCUAAAGAGUUGCUUUACACUGGCAAUGUUCGUUCUUUGGCUGAGGUCGAGGAGGCUAUCUCCCGUAUAGAUCACAAUGCUGUCCGUGAAGCUGUUUCCAGACAUGUCUAUGAUAGAGACUUCGCUGCUUCUGGAGUCGGACGAACUGAGGCGUUCCCCAACUAUGCCCACACCCGUUAUCGUAUGUCAUGGUGGAGACUAUAA